AUGUCGUCUAGCAUUCGCUCCGGCUCGUCAAGCCGAACCAGUGUUAGACCUGGCGUUCGAUCUUCUACCGUUCGACAUGCAUCGCGACUCGGCCUUGACCGCGGCGGCGCGGUAUCCCCGGCGGAAUCCCUGGCUUCGACCGUCAACGCCGGCAUGAAGCGCAAAGAACGCGACUUUGACACAGAAAGUGUCAUGGGCGGCGAGGAAACAAAUAUCAAUGUCGUCGUCCGUUGCCGCGGGCGAAGCCAACGCGAAGUCAAAGAGAACAGCACCGUUGUAGUAAAAGCCAAUGGCGUCAAAGGCACACAAGUCGACCUCUCGAUGGGCCCCAACGCGCUCAGCAACAAGACAUAUACCUUUGACCGCGUAUAUUCGCCGGCUGCGGACCAGAGCAUGAUUUUUGACGAUACCGUGAAACCCAUCUUAGACGAGAUGCUCUCCGGAUUCAACUGCACAAUCUUCGCGUACGGUCAAACAGGAACCGGAAAAACCUACACAAUGUCUGGCGAUAUGACAGAGACUAUGGGUCUGCUAUCCGACAAUGCCGGCAUCAUCCCACGCGUGCUGCAGCGCCUUUUCACUAAGCUUGAACUAGACGAUGCGGAGCACUGUGUUAAGGUGUCCUUUAUUGAGCUGUAUAAUGAAGAGCUGCGCGAUUUGCUGUCUGUUGAAGAAACCGCCAAGCUAAGAAUUUACGACGAUGUAUCGCGUCGCGGUCACGCGACAACCAUGGUUCAAGGCAUGGAGGAGAAGCAUAUUAAAAACGCGACUGAAGGAAUCAAGGUGCUGCAAGAUGGCAGCUUGAAGCGUCAAGUUGCUGCUACCAAGUGCAACGACUUGAGUUCGCGCAGUCACACCGUCUUCACCAUUACCGCAUAUGUUAAGAAAACCAACGAGGCCGGCGUCGAAGACCUCGUUAGUGCAGGAAAGCUAAACCUUGUCGAUCUGGCAGGCAGCGAAAACAUUCAGCGAUCCGGUGCUGAGAACAAGCGUGCGGCGGAGGCUGGUCUUAUCAACAAAUCUCUGCUGACUCUUGGCCGAGUCAUCAACGCGCUUGUCGACAGAAGCUCUCAUAUCCCAUACCGUGAAUCGAAACUGACCCGACUACUGCAAGAUUCGCUUGGUGGUAGAACCAAAACGUGCAUCAUUGCCACUCUCUCCCCAUCAAAAAGCAACCUCGAAGAGACGAUAUCGACCCUGGACUAUGCUUUCCGCGCCAAGGAUAUCCGCAACAAGCCGCAACUCAAUGCUAUUCCUAAGAAGACGCUAUUGAAGGAGUUUACGGUGGAGAUUGAGAAGCUCAAGGGCGAGCUUAUUGCCACGAGGCAGCGCAAUGGUGUCUACCUCUCCAACGAUAUGUAUGAAGAGAUGACUGCCCAAAGCGAGUCUCGACGCAUUGUCACCGAAGAACAGGAGGCAAAGAUUGAGACUCUGGAAACAAAUCUCAAGAACAAGGUGCAAGAGCUCCUUUCGCUGACCACUUCAUUUAUGGGAUUAAAGAAGGACAGCGAUGGAGCCAAGGCAGAGCUUGAUCAAAAGAAGGGGCUCCUGGACCAUACUGAGCUUGUUCUUGCGACCACCCGACGCUCGCUUGAAGAAGAAACCAGGCUUCGCAAGGCCCAUGAACAGACUGAAGAGAAGCUGACUGUCAUUGGUAGCGAGCUCAUCAACAAGCUUCAUAAGACUGUUGUUGAUGUUGGCGGGCUUCACGCUAAGAAUAAGCGAAAGUCAGACCUGCAAAUCAUCAACCGUGCAACGUGGAGCACAUCCCAAACUCAGGUUGCUGACGUGACAAUUAUGGUUGAGCGCCGAAUCUUGGAGUUCCAGGAAGAGCAACGCGAACACAUUGCCAAUGUUUCGAAGCGAAUGGACGAGUUUGUCGCCGAGGAGCUCAAGAAGCUAUCCGCAACACAGACUUUCCUAGAUGAGAACCUUGGCUCGUUUACCGAUUCGAAAAGGUCUUUGGUGGAGCAGAAGCAAAAGUCUAAGGAAGACAUGGAUGAGGUAUUAGACGAUAUCAAGAUCAUUCGCGAUACUCUCAAAUCAAGAGUGGGCGAAAGUCUACAGGUAAUCUCUCAGGCCACGGAGAAGAUUGCUGGAGACGUCAUAAAUGAGAUGGCCGACUUUCAUGAAAAUGUAAGCCAAAAAGGUUUCUUGGAGAAUGACAACAACUAA